GAAAUAUUACACAACCAAAUACUGUUCCAUUACCAUUAGCGAAUCCUAAUAUUUAUAUAAUGGAUAUUAGAAAUUAUACAUGGGUUAAUUCAUUCGAAUUAACAAAUGUAACAACAAAAUCUGAACCAUCAACACCAACUGCAUCCGUAAUUAUUGUUAAUUCUAGUAGUGAAUUAGUUACAAUGAAAAUUAUAUUUGCAUCAAUAGGAGGUAUUGUUGGUUUAGUAAUUAUUAUUACUUGUGGAUUUUUAAUUUAUAGAUGGAAUGAAAAAAGGAAAACAUUAUAUUCUAAAAACAUUAAUGAGAAUCAUACUUUACCCGGAAAUAUUAUUAAGCAUGAUAGUAGUAGUCAUAUUCCUAUUGGCUAA